AUUUUACCUUCAAGAAUGUGCGCGCAUGUACAAAAUUUACCAACUUCAUUUUUCAUGUUAGAUAGUAAGAAACCCGUACCAACACCGAGAGAAAAUCACGAGGAGGCGAUUGAAUGCAGUAACACUUAUUUAUCAAUACAAAGACCUGUGCCAGCACCCCGACGUGCUAAAACGAUAAAGGAAUCAACUCGAGAAAAAGAUUUUGAAAUGUUCGAUUGGCAGCCUACACCAAGGCCAAGAGCAACAACGGACUCUAAUCUAACAAGACAAGAGGGUCCAGAACUAACUUUUUUAAUGCACGUUCAUGCAGAAAAAGAGGGAUUGGAAGCUGAAGCAAAUGCAUAUUCAUUGGACCCAACAGAAUGUUGUCAUUCAGAGGUUGCUUCCACUUGCAAUUUUGAGUCAACAUUUUCAAGCUUGUGUACUAAUUACAGUACAUUAUCGUCAAUGAAACCGUUUUUAAAAUCGAGUUUGCUUCGGGAUUUGGGCAGUCGCGAUCGUCAACAUCUCUGUAAACAUCUAGAUUCUAGGAGAGAGUAUGAAAAGCUAGCAUACUAUCUACAGGAACCAUUGAAGCUCACACAAAUUGAAAUAGAUAACCUGUUCUUAGCAGGAGAAAAUCCUGCUUCAGCAUUUUUUAAGGCUUUCAUGAUAAAGAAAACAGAUUUCAAAGUCAGGAAAUUUCAACAGUAUAUGAAAGAGAUGGGCAGAAAAGAUGUGCUUGAUUAUAUGAAGAAAAAAGAAUGGCCUGAAUUGUUUCUUGAAAUACCAUUUGAUCCGCGGGAAGAGCUUGUCUCGUAUCUGAACAAGUCUCCGGGUAAUUGGAAGAUAUUUGCUACAAAGUGUGGAUACUCCUCUGAUGACAUUGCACUUAUUCAAGGCGACCACAUGGAAAAGAAAAGUGCUACGGAGUUUUUGCUGACUAUCAUAAAUCAACGAUGCCCAGAUUUGACAAUUGACAAUUUACGAGAAGCAUUUGCUAAAAUGAAGCGACAUGACCUGAUUCAUUUUUUGGAUAAAAAGACAUCUAUGGUGGCUUAAUAUGGAAUAAAAUGAAACGACACAAAAAAACAUAGAUAUUUUCAGACAUAAAAUGAAUUAAUAUUAAGCUGAUGAUACAAAAGUCGAUUAGUUGCGUUGCACACAUAAAUACGUUGCUUUAAGCGAGUUCAAAAAAGUUCUCAUUAUUUUUUUUCUAGAAGAAAACUAAAAUCUUUGAGAAAGCCAUUAUCUACAAAUGUUAUUUUAAACAAAAUUAGCUAAAAAUUGUUUUGCAUCCUUAUAUCCAGAUCCAUUUAAUAGAUAUUUACUUGCACUGAGAAGUUGGCUGCUUAUCACUUAAUUUUAAAGUAGUGACGAUUUUGGACUUUUUUUAAAAAAAAAAUGGCGGCAUUUUAGACGAAGUCAACUGAAUUUGUGCCCAAAAUAUAAAUUCUUAAAAGUGUCUUGAAAAAAUAGCACAUGUUUUUAUAAAUGGACUAAAAUGUUAUAACAGUUUAUUAUCUACAAAUAUCAUUUGCUUGCUCCGCCUAAUUCAAAAUUACAUUAAAUCACUUGAAUUGUGUAACAUUUUUGAAAAAACUUUGUUACAAAUUGCCAUGUUUGCUUUUCUUUGUUGUACGAGUUUUUAAAAAGUUUUAAAACAACCACACUUUAACAUCUAUUUGAUUUAUUUACUUUAAAAUUUUACAUUUGUUGCACCAAAUAACUAAUUGCUAUAUUUACAUCAUGUUGGAAACUGUUUAUUGUUAUAAGCAGGUAAAAAACAGGACUUUUAAUGUGAUACACUGGUCUAUUUGUAGAACGCAAUUAAUCAACUCGCGCAUCACCAGCUUUAUAAUCCAAUCCAUUCUUUUGAUAUUCACCCAAUGUACCACACCAAUUGUAAUUAUUUUUUUAUCCACUAUUUUUGUACACCUAUAUAGCACAUUUAUUUUUCUAUUUGUAUAUUUUGCUAAAUCACUUUUAAGAAGUUAUUUUCUCGAGUAUAAUAUAAAGUAAGAUGUAAACUAGAAUACAAAAACUCCACCCA